CAAUAGUCCGACUGUUGUUGUUUACAUGUGUAAAGGUUAUGUUGGAAAAGUUACGAUGCUUAACUUAGUACAGACCGUCUGUGUAAUUCUUCCGCGUCACCGUACAACAGGAAAGCUAUGGCUAGAUGUAGGGUCGCGCUUUCGUUGGAUUUUCCUGAAUGAUUCGAAAAAUAUUAGGUCUAGAAACGGUUGUAUAAUUGGGUAUCGAAGAAAGCCGAAUAUUUAUCAGAAUAGCAGGGCACUUUGCACUUUUGGAAGGUUUUGUGCAACAGUUGCCUUUCCAGUUGUAUUAGCGAAAUCCACAAUGAUGGAAAAUCAGAUGUUCAAGCAAUUGCCUGGUGCUGUCAUCGACAGUUCAGAAACCGUCUUAUCGAGAACAUGGAUUUUCGUUAGACUUAUUUUUAGGGUGUUUCAUUUGUUUGUUAUUUUCACACCAUUCGUCUUUCUAACACCUUUGCUAUACAUGGGAGAAAGAUGUAGAGAAUGUUGGUUCAAAUUAUUUGUUAAUGGUAUUGAAAUUUCUGGACCAGUGAUGGUGAAAUUAGGGCAAUGGGCAUCAACAAGGCGAGAUCUUUUUUCUGAAGAAUUUUGUUUCCACAUGUCAAAAUUACAAAGGAGGACAAGACCACACUCUUGGCAUCAUACAGAAAAAACUCUUCAGAAAGCAUAUGGGCCAGCUUGGAACCAAGUGAUCCUGAAGAUAAAUACCGAGCCGAUUGGUUCAGGAUGUUGUGCUCAGGUGUACAAAGCUUACAUAAGGCAAAAUCUCAUUCACAGCAGCCAGAUGCAGGAUGGAGGUAUGCCUGAUGAUGAUCUUCUACCCGUUGCUGUGAAGGUUGUCCAUCCGAACAUGAAUGAGCUCUUAAGGAGAGAUUUAACUAUUUUAAGAGCUGCAGCCAUUUCUAUUACAUGGUUAUUUCCGAGCUUAAAGUGGCUCAGUCUCGAGGAGUGUAUGAAUGAUUUCACACAUCUUAUGAGUGCACAGGUUGAUAUGACUGUUGAGGCCCACAAUUUGGAAAGAUUUGCAAAAAAUUUUGCAACUACGCCAACAGUGAAAUUUCCUGUGCCCAUAUGGAAUCUUACUCGGUCUGACAUUCUAGUUGAGACAUUUGAACAAGGAGAGCCAUUACUGAAUUAUGUUACAGGUGAUAAUACAAAUGGAAUAAAAACUUUGCUGGCUGAGAUUGGGAUAAACACAAUUCUGAAAAUGGUAUUUGAUGAUAAUUUUGCACAUGGUGAUCUGCAUCCUGGAAAUAUGUUGGUUCAGAGUGUGGCAUCAUCCAAGGAAACUAACUCUGUUGUUUCAUUAAUCAAGAGAACCCCUUCUACUUCUUUUAGACUUGUGAUUUUAGACUGUGGAAUUGUUGCUUCAUUAGAUGAACUGGGUAAAAAAGCUCUGAGAGAUGUCUUUACAGCUGUAGUGAAUGGUGAUGGGAGAAAAGUAGCGGAACUCUUCCUUAACCAUUCGAAGCAUGGGUGCACUGACACGGAAGGUUUUAAGCAGUCAAUGGAUAACAUAGUGAAGGAGGCACUAAGUAAAACAGUUACUUUGGCGAAGAUUCAGGUGUCUUCACUUAUGACGGCCUUGUUUACUACAAUGAUUAAUCAUAAAGUUAAACUAGAUGGGAGUUUUUCAUCAGUUAUCCUUGCAAUUAUGGUUUUAGAAGGACUUGGAAGAUCACUAGAUCCAACUACUGAUAUAGUGAAAAAAGCUAGGCCUUUCUUAAUUGGAGCAUUGUGAGCCAAACAUGAGAUUUGUAAUUCAUUUAAGAGUGUGAUCGAUACAAAGAGAUACUUACUUUGAUUCCAUGACUCAAAGGUGCCCAGUUUUUGUUCAUGUUAAUAGUUCACAAGACACAAAUGCAUUUGUUGCUGGAAUGAAAUGAUGGACUAUAAAACAAUAUUUUUGCUGUACACAAAAAAAUAUUUAUUCAAUCAGUAGUAAAGAAAUU